UCAGUAUUCACACAGGCAUUGUGGGAUCGGAAGCGUCGGUCUUACCAUGGAGAGAGCAGAAAACACCAAAGUUGAGAGCGAAAUUAGCAAAUAAAGCACCUGUCUUUAAAACCGGGGUCGUUACUGAUUAAUAAAGAUGAUAGUGACUACUAUGGCUGAUAUCAGGGGUUCUCGGUGAAGAGACAUGGAUGUCCGUUAUGUCAUCGAUUCUCGACACUGGGAGUAAGAAAAUUUGUGUCAAUGGACGUUUGUGCGCUGGAUCGUAGAGUUUCCGACGUAGAAGAUUUAGGCCAUUUUUAGGAAUUAGGAACUACAUUUCUUUUCGUUACGGUUUUGCUGAAAAAACAGAGAAAGGGGGUGGAAAAAUGUCGACGACCACGAGUCCCGAAGCGGUGAGGAAAUUGCUGGAUAACAUGCAGACGGAUCUGCGCUCUCUGUCCAUGGAAUGCAAGAAAAAAUUCCCUCCUGUGAAAGAGGCUGCAGAAUCCGGCAUUGUUAAGAUUAAGACGAUAGCUGCAAGAAACACGGACAUUCUUGCUGCUCUGAAAGAGAACAGCUCCGAGGUGGUGCAGCCAUUCCUGAUGGGCUGCGGAACCAAAGAGCCCAAAAUCACCCAGCUGUGUCUCGCUGCCAUCCAGAGACUCAUGUCCCAUGAGGUGGUGUCAGAGGCGGCAGCUGGAAACAUUAUUAAUAUGUUGUGGCAGCUGAUGGAGAAUGGCCUCGAGGAAUUAAAGCUCCUACAAACGGUUCUUGUACUGCUUACCACCAACACAGUAGUACAUGAUGAAGUCCUCUCAAAGGCCAUCGUGCUGUGCUUCCGUCUUCACUUCACUAAAGACAACAUCACCAACAACACGGCAGCAGCUACAGUCAGGCAGGUCGUCACCGUGGUGUUCGAAAGGAUGGUCGCCGAGGAUGAGAAAUAUAAAGGCAUGGCAGAGCAGCCUCCCGUUAUUCAAGCUAACAGUAACCGCAGGUCUGUGAGCACCCUCAGACCAAGUGCUAAAGAUGCCUACAUGCUAUUUCAGGAUUUGUGCCAGUUGGUGAACGCUGAUGCCCCCUACUGGUUGGUGGGAAUGACAGAGAUGACUCGGACAUUUGGGCUAGAACUUCUGGAGUCUGUUUUAAAUGAUUUCCCUGGAGUUUUUCUACAACACCAGGAGUUCAGCUUCCUGCUGAAGGAGCGUGUGUGUCCUCUGGUGAUCAAGCUUUUUUCACCCAACAUUAAGUUCCGCCAGGGCAGCAGCAGUAGCGCUGCAUCACCUGCCCCAGUGGAGAAACCCUAUUUUCCCAUUUGCAUGCGCCUGCUGCGGGUCGUCUCUGUACUGAUCAAACAUUUCUACAGCUUGCUGGUGACUGAGUGUGAGAUCUUCCUGUCUUUACUGGUGAAGUUCCUGGAUGGUGAGAAGCCUCAGUGGCUCCGAGCUGUGGCUGUGGAGUCAGUACACAGGCUUUGUGUGCAGCCAUAUUUACUGCGGUCUUUUUGCCAGUCCUAUGACAUGAAGCCGCACUCUACCAAAGUAUUCAGAGACAUCGUCAAUGCACUCGGUUCUUUCAUCCAAUCUCUUUUCAUUGUACCCAGCAUAGGAAAUGUCUCUGCUAACACACCCGCAGGUGGUUCAGUAUCGGGCCCCCAGGCUUCAGCUCAGGGAGGUCCAGGCACAACAGGUGGCCCUGGAGGUCUCAGCACCCAGGCUGCAUUCGAGUACCGUGGCAUGUGGAUCCCCCUAAUGAGCGUCAGCGUGCAGGGCAGCGCCAAGGCCACAUAUCUGGAGAUGUUGGAUAAAGUAGAACCACCUUCCAUCCCUGAGGGCUAUGCGAUGUCUGUGGCAUUUAGUGCCCUGCUCGACCUUGUACGAAGCAUCACCUCUAUUAUCGAGAAAGAAUUGGCCAAGGAGGAAGAGGAGGCUGCUGCCAGAGAAGAGGAGGAGCUUCGUGCCCCACCACAGAGUGAAGGGAAUCCUCAGGAUCCACAACCCCAACAGGUAUGGGAAGAGAUGGUGAGUGCGUGCUGGUGUGGUCUACUAGCAGCUCUUUCUCUUCUGCUAGAUGCAAGUACGGAUGAGACAGCCACAGAGAACAUCUUAAAGGCUGAAUUGACUAUGGCGUCUUUGUGUGGUCGUCUUGGCCUCGUGACCCCUCGAGAUGCCUUCAUCACUGCUAUCUGUAAAGCCUCUCUUCCCCCACAUUACGCUCUUACGGUACUCACCAGCAACGCAGCUAGCCUCUCCAACAAAACAUACUCUAUUCAAGGCCAGAAUGUGCAAAUCAUCAGUCCAUCCAGUGAGUCUCAUCAGCAGGUGGUGGCUGUGGGACAACCGCUUAGUGCACAACCCCAGGGCACUGUGGUGCUCACAGCCAAAAACAUCCAGUGUAUGCGGACUCUAUUGAAUCUAGCUCAUUGUCAUGGUGCUGUGUUGGGGACCUCUUGGCAGCUAGUACUUGCUACCCUGCAGCACCUGGUAUGGAUUUUGGGUCUGAAGCCGGGGGUCGGCGGAGCACUGAAGCCUGGGAGAGCAGUGGAGGGUCCCAGCACUGUUCUAACAACUGCUGUAAUGACAGACCUUCCAAUCAUCUCCAACAUCCUCUCCAGACUCUUUGAAAGCUCCCAGUAUCUGGAUGAUGUCUCUCUUCAUCAUCUGAUUAAUGCCUUGUGUUCCCUGUCCAUGGAAGCUAUGGAGAUGGCUUACGGCAAUAACAAGGAGCCAUCUCUGUUUGCAGUAGCUAAGCUGUUGGAGACGGGCCUGGUGAAUAUGGACCGCAUAGAAAUCUUAUGGAGACCUCUUACUGCACACCUUUUAGAGGUAUGCCAGCACCCUAACACACGUAUGAGGGAGUGGGGAGCUGAAGCAGUCACGUCUCUGAUCAAAGCUGGCCUUGCUUAUAAACAUGACCCCCCUCUUUCACAGAACCAGAGACUGCAGCUCUUGUUGCUGAACCCUCUGAAGGAGCUUUCAAAUAUCCUACACUCUGAUAUCAGGCAGAAGCAGCUUGAAUGUGUGCUGCAGAUUUUGCAGAGUCAAGGAGACAGCCUUGGCCCAGGAUGGCCUCUAGUGUUGGGGGUCAUCGGAGCCAUUCGCAAUGAUCAAGGUGAAUCCUUAAUCAGAACAGCUUUCCAGUGCCUGCAGCUGGUGGUGACAGACUUCCUUCCCACUAUGCCUUGCACGUGCCUCCAGAUUGUUGUUGAUGUAGCUGGCAGCUUUGGUCUUCAAAACCAGGAACUGAACAUUAGCCUGACCUCUAUAGGACUGUUGUGGAACAUCUCAGACUAUUUCUUCCAAAGAGGAGAGAAAAUUACAGAAGAGCUGGAGAGAGAGGAGGCCAUUCUGAUAAAACAGGCCCAUGAAAAAGGGGAGCCUCUGAACAGACCCUUCCAUCCUGCACCACCGUUUGACUGUCUGUGGUUGUGUCUUUAUGCCAAACUGGGAGAGCUGUGUGUGGAUCCUCGUCCAGCUGUCAGAAAAAGUGCAGGCCAAACAAUGUUUUCAACAAUCGCUGCUCAUGGAACCCUGCUACAGCAACCCACAUGGCACAUUGUAGUGUGGAAGGUGCUUUUUCACUUACUGGACUGCGUGAGGAAGUCGUCCACUACUGCCGAUAAGGAGAAGAUCGAAUCAGGGGGCGGAAACAUCCUUAUUCACCAUUCACGUGACACUGCAGAGAAGCAGUGGGCGGAGACUUGGGUCCUGACCUUGGCCGGCGUAGCACGAAUCUUCAACACAAGGAGAUACCUACUGCAGCAACUAGGUGAUUUCUUCAAAGCAUGGGAGGUGCUGUUGGACCACAUCCAGUCUGCAGCUCUCAGCAAAAAUAAUGAAGUCUCUCUGGCUGCUCUCAAGAGUUUUCAGGAAAUUCUCCAGCUAGUGACACCAGUUAAAGAUGUGGAAAAACCUGAUUCUUUGGGUUCCGUGGACCUUCCCCCUGUCCCCUUGGUGGACUCUCUCACAUCCUCAGGCCCUGGAAGACCCCUGACCCGUUCAGACUCUCUAGCAGAGCGUCUGGCUCAGCGUUACAAUUCCCAGCCUCAGCCUCCUCUUCCUGGGGAAGAGUUGGAUGAUUCUGCACUUUGGUGGUCAGCUUGGAGCACAUGGUACCGAAUGGGCACAGAGUGCACACGGCCUCCAAAUGGCAGUGCUGAUAAACUGGCAUUUGUGCCAAGUCAGCCCUUUCUGACAGCAUUGAUCCAGAUCUUCCCGGCUCUGUACCAGCACAUAGCAGGUGGCUUUAGCAUGGAGGAUUUGCGGAAGCUGGGCGUUAUUCUGCAUGGAGCAGUGUCAGUACCCAUCAGCUCAGACGCUUCACCGUUUAUUCUGCCUUCCUACACGGAGGCAGUGCUCACCAGUCUGCAGGAGGCUGUUCUCACUGCACUCGAUGUGUUACAGAAGGCAAUUUGUGUGGGCCCUGAGACCUUGCAGGUGAUGUACCCUGCCAUUUUUGAGCAGCUCCUGCAGUUUGUUGAGUUCUCCUGCAAGCCCCCACAAUAUGGCAAAAUGGAAACCAAGCAUGUGGCCAAUGCUAAGUAUAACCAGAUCCAACUGUUUGCACCGGCUGAGUGGGUUGCCUUAAACUAUGUGCCGUUUGCCGAGAGAUCUCUGGAGGUGGUAGUAGACCUGUAUCAUAAAACUGCUUGUCACAAAGCUGUUAUCACUGAGAAAGUCUUAGAGAGCAUCAUUAAGACCCUGAGGAUGCCGUUAGGACUGAAGUACGCAUGUCCUGCUGAAAGUACGUGGAAGCUUUCGGUCUCCUCUCUGCUCAAAGUUCUAUCCAUCGGCCUUCCAGUUGCCCGGCAACAUGCCUCCUCAGGCAAAUUUGACACCAUGUGGCCCGAGCUGGCGAAUGCCUUUGAGGACUUCCUCUUCACUAAAAGUACACCUCCGGAUAAUCUGUCCAUUCAAGAGUUCCAGAAAAAUGAAGCCAUCGAUGUUGAGGUGGUGCAGCUGAUCAGUACAGAGAUUUUGCCAUAUGCCAAUUUCCUCCCCAAAGAGUUUGUAGGUCAGGUCAUGACCAUGCUCAACAGAGGGUCCAUCCAUUCUCAGCCCUCUUCCUUUACAGAAGCAGAGAUUGAUAUCCGUAUGCGGGAAGAGUUCUCCAAGGUGUGCUUCGAGACACUGCUACAGUUCUCUUUCAGUAAUAAAGUGAGCACACCACAGGAAGGCUACAUCUCCCGCAUGGCCCUCUCAGUGCUGCUGCACAGAGCGCAGGACGUGUUGCGUCGAUACGUCGAAGACGAGAGGCUCAGCGGCCGUUGCCCCCUCCCCAGGCAACAAGUGACAGAAAUCAUUUUUGUCUUAAAAGCUGUUAGCACGCUCAUGGAUUCCCUCAAAAAGACACAGCCUGAGAACGUCAUGAUCUCUCUCUCUGUCUCUCUUUCUCUCUCUCUCUCUAUACCUCUUGUUCUGUGGCUUGCUUGUAUAUUGACAGUGGAUGGGAAUACCUGGGCUCAGGUGAUCGCUCUCUACCCCACACUGGUAGAAUGUAUCACUUGUUCGUCUCCUGAGGUCAGCUCUGCUCUGAAGGAGGCUCUGGGGCCUUUCAAAGACUUCAUGCGGCCACCAGCAGCCAAAGUGCAGAACGGCGAGUCAUGAUUCAUUACGUCCCACAAGCUUUUUAAUCCAACCAGAACCAUGAAUGUGACACACACACACACACACACAGACUUGUUUUUGCCCCAGCGCACAUUUUAUUGGCUGUUUUCAUGGAAACCAAGCGUCACUGUUCUCAGCUUCUUCUAACAGUAGUUGAAAUGACAUUAUAAUUGGAUGGCUGGACACAGUAAUAAUGCAUUUUUUGCUAUAUAACAUUUGCAGUGUUCAUGUUUUUUUCUUCUUGAUUUCCUCUUUACCCCCUCAAUUACCCCCCCCCCCAAGAAAGCCCUUUUCUCUACCAUGACAGGAGUUAAUAUACAAUGUGUGGUGAUAGUGUUAAUGAUGUAACAAAGAAUCAUGUAUUGAACAUUAAUGCUCUCAAACCGAAGAAUGGUUUUAGAAAAUACAAUGAUUAAUAAAAUUGGUCUUUUUGUGACAUUUUCUCAACUGCAAAAAAAAAAAAAAAAAAAAGAUUUUAUGCAAGAUCUGAUUGUAACAUUCCAUGUGCUCUCUAGUGAACUGGAGAAGGGAUGUAACCCUGUGUGUGUAAAAUAAAUGGUACAGUUCUAUGAA